AUGGCCGAGCUUGGCGCUGCUGUAAGCACCUCUGGAGUGUCUUACGUGAACUUCUUGGAGUGGAUCAGAGCUGAACGUCUUACCACUCUUCCUCAUAAGGGUAGUCGGUGGGACAAAGUGCUUAUCCGAGCCCUCUACUUCGCCGAGCAACUGCAUAACUUCGACCGGGCCAUUCAAGGCUUUGCUCUUGAUAGCCAGGCUGCGGCUGCAGUAGGCUACGGUCACGCCCGUCUUCUGCUUGAGUUGGGCCACGAGAACUCUGCAGCUUUGGACAAGGCAUUCUCUGUUCUCUACAAAUUCUCUCUAUCUUUCUCAUCGGUUCUCCGUCGUUCAGAGCUCCUCGCUGCUACGGCUGAAAUUCGUGAGCAACUUUGCUUCCUCUACACCGAUCUCAUCUCGUUAGUAGUUGAUGUUUCUAUUCGGUUCUACAAGACCGCCAAUGGUAUGACAUCGGGUUCAGCAAGCCUUGAUAUCUUCGAGCUCUUUGGUGAGACCAUCGAAGGUUUCCGCUCGCGCCAAGAUUCCGUAGUCGAGCUCAUUUGGGACUCUCAGAUUGACAGGGAUGACUACGAGGACGGCGAAGCUUUGGACGUAAAAGUCCUAAGCCGUUGGUUGUCUCCACAAGAUCGAGUGUUGGCGACCUUGAACCGCGACCACUCCUUCUUCGUCGAUCAGCAAGCCGAGAUGACAUGUAUCUGGUUCCAAAAGUAUCUUACUCGUUUCCUACAGAGUAACAAGAGCUUUUUGUUGGUGACUGGUCAGCCUGGCGCCGGUAAAACCACCCUCGCUGGCUCCAUCGUCGAACGCCUGCAGCGACCUGUCAAUCGUAAGCAGUCAGACACACUGUUCUGUUCUUUGUCUCCAGAUGUCCCUACGUCUGCCACCUCCCUUGCUGUCGUCAAGUCGUUGCUUUCGCAGCUACUUAACCAGCGAGUGGGUGAGAUGCCAAUGUAUGAUGCUUUGUUCCGCGCAUAUCAUCACUGCAGAACCUCAGGCGACCUGAAAACAUACGAGGAACACCUGUGGCAAGCACUUGGCGAAGUCCUCAAGAAUCCUCAUGAGGGUGGUAACGAUCUGGUCAUGGUUGUCGAUGGCCUUGAUGAGAUUGAAUCAUCUCAAUCCGCCUCAAUUCAAGCAGCUGGAGGUAUCAGUUCCGCUGCAUUGUUGGAGAAGCUCGUCAACGUAACCAACCAGGGUCAAAGGGUACGCCUGAUUACCCUGUCCUCUUCAGCCAAGAUGCCGGCUCACGCCAAUGGCAUGCUGCAUGAAGUUACCCGUGAGGACAUUCGGGAUGAUCUUCAUGCUGUUGCCCUCCGGGCACUUGUUCACAACCGCAACUUCCACAGCAAGCCAGGCAACGAGCAGGAGGCUAUGCUCGAUCGCAUCAUCCAGGCUGCCAAUGGAUCGUUCCUGUGGACCAUCCUCGCCUGCGAGCUUUUGAAUGCCCAAAAGUCGGCAGAUGGUGUCACGUCAACCCUUCGGGAUCUGGAGUCGAGCAAGCCAACCGUUCAGAAUCUCGUACACAAGUUGUUUACCUCGUUUGAGACUUCCAGUAAUGCAAAGACCCUGUUGUCUUGGCUCCUGGCUGCCGAACGGCCUCUGACUACUGAGGAGAUCCACACACUCUUCACUGUAGAUGUCAAGAGUGGCACUCUUAGCGACAAGGGUAUCAACGUCCACGAAGUACUGCAAACUUUGCGACCAUUCUUGUCAAUGAGUGAGCAUAUUGUGCGGUUCAGACAUCCCAUCGUGCACUCAGCGCUCCAUGAGCUAGCAUUCAAGAAUCAGAUAUCGAUUCCUCUCAAGGACAGCGAGACAGACCUGUUGCUACGCGUGCUUGCGUAUGCCAAAUAUACUCUCCGUGACAAGGGGGAGCCCAUGAUUGAGAACGACGAUCCCACUAUCGCUGAUCGUCUUUUCCGUCAACACCGCUUUCUCGAGUAUACUGUCAGGUAUUGGAUUUUGCAUCUCCAGCAAUCUCCACUCAUGCCCAAGAACACAGCAGAGUUCAAGCCUACUGCAGAACUGCAAAAGGUGAUGCCAGACACGACCACUUUGUCGGUUCUGGAACAGCUCGUUUGGGGCACACAACUCCCGCUUCCGGAAGCCAUUGAUCUGCAUAUUCUUGCAGGUAAUGUGCGUCGCUCUAUCUACACCGACAACCAUCCUACUGUCCUACAGACCUAUCUGGCGAUUGCUACAUCCUACCUACUUCUGUCGGACACCACAAAUGCUUCUUCGUACUUCUUCCGAUGUACCAAGAUCUGCCGCUCUGUGCUGAGUGACAUCCAUCCUUUGACGUUGGAAUGCGCAAAUUACUUUUUGAAGGUCUCGGAGUCUAUGGUCACGACUUCGCGCACGGAGAUCAUGACCCACCGCGAGGAGAUCUUGAUCGUGCUCAUUACUGCCUACGAGCGCCAGUAUGGUAGCACCUCGGAGCUCGUCAUUCAGACUCGUAAGCUCCUUGUAGAGUUGUACGCUUCGCUCAAGGAAGAAGAGAAGGCACUCGAGGUCUUCCGCCUGAUUCAAGAGGCAACUAUUCAGCACUACGGACGCAACAGCCAUCAGGCGCAAGACAUUGAGGGUCACCUCAAUGUCGUCCUCGGCAAAGGUCGAGGUGAGCGCCGUAUCGACCACUACAAAGAGUCAUUCUUUGAUGAGCAUGAUGAUGAGAACGAGGUCGAGAAAUUCGACUUUGGUUCAAUCGCAGCCUACCUUCGUAGAGCUGAAUCAUAUACGUCUAGCAAGGAGAUCGCAGUUGCAGAAAGGACCUACGUGGAGCUAUGGCAACAGAUCUCCUCCAAAUGCCGUUCGACUCAAUCAAUUGAGUGGCACGAGAAGAACAUCGAGGUCGCAACCACAUACUCGAGGUUUUUGAAGACCCAGAAACGCACAGCUGAGUCUUCGGCUGUGCUUACUGUCGUAUGGGAGCAAUAUCAGCACCAUCAGCUGUCGUACUCCGAGAGGAUCGUGUCUCGCCUCACCAGUGUCGCGAAGGAGAUGAGGUCGAUGGGUUCCUACACCAUGGCUUUGUCGAUCUUCAAGCACGCUAGCUCGUUCUACAAGAGCGUUCGCCAAGAGGAAUCAAGCGCUUCACGCGAAAUCAGCAACGAAGUGUCCGAAACAUCCACAGAGCUUGUUCGACAGAGCUUGGAAGCCUCAAGCUCGUCCAGUGAGACUACGACUACCGUCUCUGAGUCUGUGUACAAAGAUGUCUUCUUCUCUAUAAUUCAGACUUCGAAGACGAUCGAUGCCAGCACCAUUGCCUUGGCAAAGAAGCUGUCUGCCAAGUACAUGGAAGAACGAGAAUUCUCACAGGCCAUCAGUGUCAUUCAGGCUACCCUGCAGCGCACAUGGUCGUCAUUCCUCGCUAGCUCAAUCCACAAUGUGACACUCACGUCUACCUUCACGCAGGAGUCAAUUCAGCUUGUGGAGCGUCUUGCGGAGUGCUACCUGCAGCUCAAACAGAUGGAGAGAGUCGAGGAUACGUACAGUCGCUUCUUCCGAGCCGCGCUGGUAACCAAAGAAGUCGACAAGGCCAUCUUUGAGAAGGCUCGAACACUUCUCAUCAGCUUCUACGACAAGCAUGGCUACCAGGACAAUGCUAUCAGUGUCUACCAAGAUAUCCUCGUGGCUUAUCGCUCAAGGUUUGGUCUCACACAUGAGCUCACCAUCCAAACGCUCUACACCCUCGCUCGCCGAUGCCAGCAACACCCAAGGAACCAUCCAUACUGGAUUGAGUACUACCUCCAGAUCAUCACGAGUCUCAACAAAGACUCGGAUGUCUGUCACAAGGAUGCCCUGGAUGCCAUAAUUGUGGUUUCUACUACAUAUUGGCAGGAUCGUCGUUAUGCUGAAGCUGUUACAAUCUACCGCACUCUGUGGAACACUUUCGUGCGUCAGACAAAACAGCACAAGAUCUUCAGCGAAGAGAAGUUUGUACAGACUCUCUACGAGCGCUACUAUCAGUGCCUCGAAGAGACCAAGGCUAGCUUUGAGUCGUUGUAUCAAGCCACCAAGGAAUACCGCGAGACAGCUAUCGCCACUUUUGGUGCUCAGUCUUCAAUUGCAGUUGAGUCAACUUUGGCGCUCGCUCAGGUAUCUCAACGUAGCGAGGAACAUAUUUCCCAGGCAAUCUCUCUCUACGAGGAAGCUUCCAAGUCAACCAAAACCACCAUGACCACCACCAGGUCGAGUGAACUCAAGCAAGCUCUGUCGUCCCUUUACGUUCGCCAGAUGAAGUCUCAAUCUUCUUCCAACUACAAGGCCGAACACGUUGAGCGCGCUCUGAGUAUGACGCAGGAGCAGCUUACUGAGUCUGCAACUAAGUAUGGUUACUCCCACGAAUCGUCUCUCACACACGUUAGGGAGCUAGCGAGUCUAUACCAGCGUCAACAGAAGACCGAUCUUGCUGUUAAGACUUUGACCAAUGCUGUUUCCCAGAUUGUAUCCAAAGAGACCUCAUCUCAGAAGCAGAUCGAGUCCGCGGCUUCAAUUGCAGCAAGCUUCCACGCUUGCCAGCAGACCGCUGUUGCACACAGCAUGGUCCAAGAGCUGCAUCGUCAGAUCUGCGCGAAGGAUGCACGCCACGUUUCCAAGUGGUCUUUCGACUUGACGAAGACCAACCGUACCUCAUUGGCGUUCCUCGCUUCCCUUCAAUACAAUCUCCGCAAGGACCUCAACGUAACCUUUGCCGAGAUCAUGGCCAGCCUCACAAUGGAGUACCUUUACUUCGAGCAAUUCAGGCUCACCCUGCAAAACAACGAGUCGUUGACAAACAUCUUGCUUACGGCUGCUCCACUUCGCUUCUUCUUGCGCCAGAAUGGUCAGGAUGAGAUGAUCACUGUGGUUGAGGAUCAGGCUGUCGGUCUCUUCGAGAAACGAGACGCUCCAGACCUACACACUCUCAGCAAGGAAACGCCUCGACACUUUAUUGUUGGCAUCCUCGAUCAACUGGGUUCUGGCAGAAACAAGGAUUUCAACCGCUCUGUCAUCCUGGCUAGUAACGACAACGUCUCGAAGCUGACCAAGCAGAAGAAGUUCCCGGAAGCAUACGACAUCGCCAACCUUGGGUUCCUUUAUGCCAGCAAGCAUGAUGGUUACAAUGGACCCAGGUCUAUUGGCAUGGGCUUCAAGCUUGCGUCGUUGCUUGUUGGACGAGCGAGUGAGAAGGCUACGGACGCUGCUUUGCGCAAGAAGAUGCUCGAUCUGUCAAACAAGAUUGUCAGGAAGAUACUUGACAUUUGCAAGAACCUCAAGAUCAACUUCGCCCAGAUUCAGCUUUUCGAGCUCAGUCACCUGUCUGUGCUCUUGGGCGAACAGCAUGACUACGAGACCUUGGAGUGGUUACUCACCACUUUGUGGAACACCAGAGAUGCUCAACGCUCGUGGCCCCCGGAGGUUCUUCUCAACCUCGGCCGCCGCCUCAUCUGCGCUCGCUACCUUGCCGGAUCGCCCGUCAAGGCCAUCCGCCUCGCCGAAGACAUCGCAUACAACAUGCGUCGCGCACACGGUCCUCGGGCCCCUGUCACGAUCGAGACAUAUGAGCUUCUCGCACAACUGUACACAAGCAUGGGACAAACAUACCAGUCGAGGGCGUCUUCUGAGAAGACAGGUUCGUUGGCACAGGAGUACUUCAAGAAGGCUCUCGGUGUACACGAGGACAUUCUUCGCCUGAUGGUACACGAUCACGGUUCUGGUGAUGACUCAGACGAUGAGCUCGAUACCACAGCCUACCUCCUCGCCAAAGAAGGCAUCAACGUCAAGGAUCAGGAGGGUCAGCCUACUUCUGCGCUCGACUCCGAGAACGUUGACAAGUCGGCUAUUGCCCUUCGUCAUUUGCACCUCCUGAAGCUCGCUUACCAGCGUCUCGGUGGCUGGCCCAAGUCUUUCGAGGAGUACGAGCGCCUGAAUGCUCAGGUGUUCCGUACCUUCGGCUCUGACCCGAAGUGGAAGGGUGUACAGGGCACAGAGCAGUGGAGUGUCAAGGAGUUCGGCAACGGGAAGGCUGAAUCUCAGGAAGGUGGCUUCUAUGGCAUCGAGGACUGGGCUCUUGGUACUGACAAGAUGAUUCUGCAGGCGCAGAACACUCCUCAGCACACAGUAUCUAACGGAGGUCUGCAGGUCUCGAAGAUGCGCACCGAGACUACACAGGCCGUGGCGUAUGCUUGA